AUGCAGAAAGCAAAGCCGUCCAGCCAACCGGCGGUCUCUGUCGUCAAUUCCUUGGCUCUCAGGGUCAGCUUCCUCCAGGGUCGCAGCAGCGAAGUCAAGCAAGAGAUUCGCCAAGCAUGGAAGGAAGAGGAUCCGCGUGGAAGGCUUGGCCCUGCCCGACCCACCGCUCCCCACCAGGAGGUCCUUCUCGGGACCAGAAACCCGAGAAGACAGGACCAAAGGCUCUUCCGACACUACACUGUGGGCUCAUACGACAACUUCACUUCUCACAGUGACUACAUCAUCGAGGAGAAGGCGGCCGUCCUGCAGAAGAGAGAGCAUGAGGGCUUUGGCUUCGUCCUCCGGGGCGCCAAAGCGGAGACUCCGAUCGAGGAGUUCACCCCGACGCCCGCAUUCCCGGCUCUCCAAUACCUGGAGUCCGUGGACGUGGAAGGUGUGGCCUGGCGAGCAGGACUUCGCACGGGAGACUUCCUGAUUGAGGUGAACGGUGUGAACGUGGUGAAGGUUGGGCACAAGCAGGUGGUGUCUCUGAUCCGCCAGGGGGGAAACCACCUGGUGAUGAAAGUUGUCUCUGUCAGCCGCAAGCCAGAGUCGGAGGACAUUGUUCGGAAGAAAGCCCCGCCGCCGCCCAAGAGGGCGCCCAGCACCACCCUGACGCUGCGAUCCAAGUCUAUGACCGCCGAGCUGGAGGAGCUGGCCUCAAUGCGGAGGAGGAAAGGGGAGAAGCUGGACGAGAUCUUGGCAGCCGCCGAGCCCUCGCUGAGAGCGGACAUCGUGGAGGCAGAUUCCAGGGCAGCCACUGUGAAGCAGAGACCCACCAGCAGAAGGAUCACCCCUGCGGAGAUCAGUUCUCUCUUUGAGCGGCAGGGGAUGGCGGCCCACACUGGUCCAGAGAAACCCCACAUUUCCCUGCGCAAAGGAAUUCCGCGGACAAAAUCUGUAGGUGAAGAUGAGAAAUUUGCCGCUUCCCUAAUGGACGGGAAGUUCCCCCGGAGCACCUCCAUGCAAGACACGGUCCGGGAAGGGCACGGCAUCCCGCCCCCGCCCCAGACGGCCCCUCCCCCUCCGCCGUCCCCCUAUUACUUUGACACGGGCCCUCCCCCGUCCUUCUCCCCCCCUCCACCCCCAGGAAGGGUCUACGACACGAUCCGCUCCAGCUUCAAGCCGGGCCUGGAGGCCAAGCUCCACGGGCUGCCGCAGGUGAUCAGCGCGGCCGAGAUGUACGACCAGGCGAGGACGCCCCUCCCUUACCCCGAGCGGCAGAAGCGGGCACGCUCCAUGAUCAUCCUGCAGGACUCCUCGCACGUCCCCGUGGAGCCCACCGACAUCCCCCGCCCCGCCCCCUCGGCCACCCCGCCCGAGAAGCUGAAGCGGAAGGGGCGCGCCGUGGACAACCCCUAUGCCAACAUGGGCCAGUUCAACGUCAGCCUCUUCACCCCCGCCAAGCCCCAGAGGAAGAAGAGCCCGCUGGUGAAGCAGCUGCAGGUGGAGGACGCCCAGGAGCGGGCGGCCCUCUCCAUCAUGGGGGGCUUCACGCGGGAGCCAUCCCCCACCCGGCGCAGCCACCGCCUGGGCAUGGAGUACCAGCCGCAGCAGGUGGACGCCUCCAGCCUCCCCUUCGCCACUGCCAUCGCCGGGGUCAUGAAGGACAGAGAUCGGCGCCUCGACGAAAAGCGGAAAUCCACUGUCUUCCUCUCGGUCGGGGCCAUUGAAGGCAGCCCCCCCACCAUCGAGAUGCCAUCGCUGCAGCAGUCGAGGUCUAUCGACGAGCGGCUCCUGGGCAGCCGGGACGUCCUUCUGCCUUCCCCCGUCUCAGCUUUAAAGCCAUUGAUCAGCAGCUCCUCCUCGACGUUCAUCCACCCUCUCACGGGGAAGCCCCUGGAUCCCAACUCGCCUCUGGCGCUUGCGCUGGCCGCAAGGGAGCGGGCGCUGUCCACCCAGGUCCCCUCCAGGGCGCCCACCCCCAUCCACAGCCCGGACUCGGACCGCGCGGCGCCCCUGUUUGUGGACAUCCAAACCAAAGAGCACGAGAGGGGGGAGCUGGAGGGAGGGGCCCUCGCCUCGCCCGCCUACUCGCCCGGGGUCAAGGCGCCCACACCGGGAGUCUUGUCCCCGGCGCAGAGCCACUGGGGGAUGCCAGCUGCGGCGAGGAAAGAGGGCGAGGCGCGGGCCGAGACCCCCGCCAAGGAGGAGAGGAAAGCGGAGGACCGGAAGUCAAUGAUUAUCAGCAUCGUGGACACGUCGCAGCAGAAGACGGCCGGCCUCGUCAUGGUCCACGCCACGAGCAAUGGCCAGGACCUCGGUCUCGAGGCGAAAGAGGAGAAGCCGCCCAUUCCCGAGGGGGGCCUGGAGCCCACGGAGGCAUCCCUGGCCGAGGCACAGCCCAGCCCCGUGGCUGGGGUGGCACCCGUCAGCCCGGUCUCUGACAAGACCCUGGGUCAAGGGAGCUCAGAGGAGGAGGUGGAGCCCUACACGGUCACCCUGCCACCCGCCCAGCUGUCUUCGAGCGAUGAGGAGACGCGAGAGGAGCUGGCUAAGAUCGGUCUGGUUCCUCCGCCGGACGAGUUUGCGAACGGGGUCCUGGUCACCACCCCCGGCACCCCCAUCAGCCAGCUGGCCUCUCCCGUCAUCGCCACGCCAUCCAUGCCAGCGGCCGCUGUAGCACCUUCUACCGCUGGUGGAACACCCUCAGGGAAGCCCUCUGAUGCCCCCACGGCCCCGGAGUCCGCGGCGGACUCUGGAGUGGAAGAGGUGGACACCAGGAGCUCGAGCGAUCACCACCUGGAGACCACAAGCACCAUCUCCACCGUCUCCAGCAUGUCCACGCUGUCCUCCGAGAGCGGGGAGCCCACCGACACCUACACUUCCUUUGCGGACGGACAAACUUUUAUACUCGAGAAGCCACCAGUGCCUCCAAAGCCAAAACUCAAGUCCCAGCUCAGCAAGGGGCCGGUUACUUUCAGGGACCCUCUCUUGAAGCAGUCUUCGGACAGCGAGCUCAUCUCCCAGCAACACGCGGCCAUGCUGGCUUCCGCCAGCAUCGGCCGGCCACGCUACCUCUUUCAGCGAAGGUCCAAGCUGUGGGGGGACCCCCUGGACAGCAGGCCGACGCAUGGGGCUGAGGAUGACAAACCAACUGUGAUCAGCGAGCUCAGCUCCCGGCUCCAGCAGCUGAACAAGGACACGCGCUCCCUGGGGGAGGAGCCCGCUGGGAGCGUGUUGGAUCCUGGGAAGAAGUCCCCUGUGGUCGCAGCACGACUUUUCAGUAGUCUAGGAGAAUUGAGCACCAUUUCGCAGCGCAGCUCGGGCACCACCUACACCGUCCGUCCCGGCAGCCGCUACCCUGUGACCCGCCGCACCCCCAGCCCGGUAAAGCCCACCCUGGAUAGGACAGACCCGCUGAGCUCCGUGCGUCCCUACGGGCUCACCCCGCCCACCAUCCUCAAAUCUUCCAGCCUCUCCAUCCCGCACGAACCCAAGGAGGUGCGCUUUGUGGUGAGGAGUGUCAGCGCCCGGAGCCGGUCCCCGUCCCCCUCGCCUUCCUCGGGGGGGCCCCUGCACGCCCUCCACCCGCCUCGGCCCUUCAUGCAGAAGCCCCUCCAGCUGUGGAACAAGUACGACGUCGGGGACUGGCUGGAGAGCAUCAACCUGGUGGAACACCGGGACAAAUUUGAGGACAACGAGAUCGAGGGCACCCACCUGCCGGCCCUGACCAAGGAGGAUUUUGUGGAGCUGGGGGUGACGCGGGUCGGGCACCGCAUGAACAUUGAGCGGGCGCUCAAGCAGCUGGUGGACAGCUGACCGUCCCGGGCGGCGCUGCUGGCCUCCUCCGCCGGGGCCGACUCCCUAGAGGGUGGGGUGGGGGCAUUUCUACCACUAGACUAGCAAACAGGAACCAAAUGGCUUCUAUUCUACUCUGGCCACUGCACUGAAGGGCGGGGAACUGGUGAGCGCCGACUCUCUCUUUCCCUCUCUCUCGACACCCCAGGGUGGGCUGGGGUCCCUGGCAUCCGUGCAACCAGAGCCACGAUGCCUCAGGGAGCAGGAAUGUUGCAUGAAGAUGCCCUGGCCGUUUUGUUGGGCAGGGUGGGGAAGCCUGGGCUGUACAUCGGUUGAUGCACCUUUGCCCAAGAGAGUUGCUGCAGGACGGGCAGUUAUUGGGGGGCAGGAAGGGAUGCUCCUCCUGAGAUUUUGCACCCAUGUGGAGCAUGCUGGCCUAGGCUGGCAGGCAGGUGGCACAGAGGAGGAGGAGGAAGAGGGCUAUUUAGCAGGACAGGAACCCAUCAGUUUAGGUUCGCUGGGUUAAGGCAGGUGGAGAUGGUGUCCCAGUAGAGCUCUCCGCUAGUGGCUCUGGGGUGGCUUCACUGGCCAUUCCAGAGGUCAGCUGCCAGCUUGGAGGCAUCUUCAUGGCCAGGUGUGCAUCUUGCAGGUACCGAUUGACCAUCAUCAGUGGCUGUCCCCCGGGGAUUCCUGGGAAGCUGAGCAGAGCGCUGGAGCUCUUGCUGGACAGCAGCUUCUGAGCGGGGACAGUGUUGGGACAGGCCCAGGGCGCACUCUCGGGGCAUUGCCAGGAGUCCUGUUGGGAAGGGCAAGAAAGGAGACCUUUGCCCUAGGCUGAGUCAGCAGGCCUCCCCCCCCCCACGCAACAUGCAUACAUAUUGCCCCCAGGAGGGUCAUCUCAUUGCCAGGAAGACCAGAAGAUUGAUGUACCCGGAGAGAGAGAGAGAGAGAGAGAGAGAGAGAGGGAGCGCAACGCUCACACAGAGAGAGAGUUGAGAAGGACCUGCCUUUUUGAGGACUCUGUUCCUUUUGCCCUGGGGAGAGGGGGACUGAAGUCGCAUGGAUAGGAAAGCAUGUUUGGGGCAUCCGAGGGAGGCAAGUGGAGAACCCAGCAGCUCCUGCUUUGCCAACGUUCGUGGGGGAGGGGGGAGGUCACGUUUUCUCUGGGGGGUUGUCGUGGGGACGCGUCGAAGGGAGUCUCUAUAAUCUCUGUGCAUUUCCAUAGAUCUGCUGGUGAUCCAAGCGAGGAGAUGCCAACGCCAGGGGAUCUCGCCCCCUCCGUCCUGGUCACUCAUCUUUUGCAUCUUUUUAAUCAGCUAUAUAUUUGAAAAGGAAAAAAAAAAAGAACAAAUAUCUAUAUAUCUAUAUCUCUAUAGCCACCUUGUUUUGUUAUGGUUUACUAAAGCUAUAUCUUGCUAGAGGAGGAGGGGCCCUCGCUGCUCCUUCCUGCGACACUUAUGGGAGUUUUUAGUGACUGACAAUGAAUGUGAAGAAGAAGAAGAGAGAGAGAGUCUUUUUAAAAGCUCCUUUCAGGCGCUCUGAAUUUUAAAGAAUUGCCGGGGGUGGGUGGGGUGGUUUAAAAAAAGACAACUUUGCACUUGGUUUUGGGGACACACCAAGUCUUCCAUUCUUGCUGGGCAGAGCUGCAGGGCUGGUCCUGGGGAGUGGCCACACCCCCCCAAAAAUGCCCCUGCCAAUCUGUUCUUUGCUGGGGGGAGAUAGAUACACCUAACCCUUUAGCAUCUCCUUCAAAUUGCCCUGGAAGUCCCGGCUGUGGAGGCGGGAAAAGUCUUGAGGUGGAGCCGCACCUUUAGGGAAAGCGAUUAGGCUGUGGGUGGUCGCAAACCCCUUCCCCCAAAAAAUCCAGGCCCAGGUGCUGGAGGAGGCAGUAAAGGGAAGCCAUCUGAACUGGGGCCAGGUAGGAGGAUUACUCUACCUAUAUCGAAACACCCUGGCCACCUGGGGAUGGCACCAACCCUCUUGCAGAGACUCCAAGCCAGGGGGCUGACACAGUUGAAAUGAGGGGUUGUUGCCACCUGUUCAACUGGGUGCCUCUUAUUGCUCCUUAUGCACCCCUGGCCCUAACUGCACAGCUGGAGGUGCAACUCUGCUCCCACCUAGAGGCGAGGCUGCCCUGAGCUGCCUUCCUCCAGCACACUGAGCUUAGAGGGGGACCCCACAGUUUUUUGCUGGCGACACACUUUUCAUACUGCCUUCCCUCUUUGGGGCCUAGGAGGAGGGGAGGAGGGAGUGUGUAGCUCUUUAACCAGAGGAAGCCCACUCCCCCAGAGAUGCUUCUGCUCCACCCGUGGGUGCUGAUCUCCAUGUCCUUUAUCAUUCCACCGUGGCUGUAUGUAGGCCCUUUUCCAACCCAUGCACCAAAUGGCCCAGUCCAUGCAAGAAUGGUUGGGAAUGGUUCCCCUCCAAAGAGGGUAUGGGGCUUUGGGAAGCAGACUGCCAACCCCCGUGUCAGUUUCCUCUGGUAAAAGGCAUUACUUCUUCUGGUGCUAAAGGGGAGGAGAAGAGAAAUCCUCGCCAACCCUCACACAUCUCUGAACUUUUCUGAGUUUAUUUCAGUAGAGGAGUGAGCAAGCUGUCAGAGAGCUGGCCAGUCUCCUCACCCCAGGGCAUCCUCACUUGCAAACUGCUCCUGCUGCUGGGUGAGGAUGGGGUUGCUGUUCCAAAUUUCUUCUCUGUAGCCAAGGCUUAAGGCAGAGCCUGAGGGGCUGGGGGCUUCUCCCUCUGCGCUUUCAGAGCAGGACGCUACCACUUGGGAUUAAAUACUUUCCUAGUAAAAGACAGUACCAAGUAGAAUUGCUAAUUUCUCUGGUGGGAAGGUCUGUGUGUGCGAGGGGAGGAGGAACCAACUCAACAUCAGGAAGGAGUUCAACAGGUAUUUGCACCUGUGUGGGCUUCCGUGCCAUAGAGCUCUUAAAAGCACAGGAGCCUCUUCUGAGCUUCAAGGGGGCUGCCAAUUCUACCCGCAGUGACCCUUGCACAGUGAUUGCCCCUUCACUGCCUCCAUAGCCAUGAUGGGAGAGAAGGCAUUCGACUCACUUGAAUGGGCAAUGAAUGUGAAUUGCACACUCUAGCUCGCUUCCUCCCUCUCACUCACACACUUUUUCACAAUAGUGGGAAGUUAGGAAGAUGGAACAAUUGUGCUCCAUCCAAAAUUUUGAACCUUUCUAAACCAAAUGAAACCCAACUUGCCAAUGGAAUAUAUCGUAACACAGAAAAGUUUGACUUAACACAGGUGGUGGUUCCCCCCCCCCACUCCCGCUGCCACCACCCCAUUUCUCAAAGUUAUGUGUGGGCUUUUUUUGUCUGUGUUUGACUUAGCUACACAUUUCACUUUUUCACAUCUGAUUUCUGAAGAGCACAUUUAAGAAAAGGGAAUAUGAAUUGACCUGGUAUACCUGUAAUCCUUCCAAGCUUGUUCCUAGACUGUAACCUGUCUUACACACCUGCUAUAAACUGAAUCAUGCCUUCUGCUACCCAAAAGCAUUAUCUGAGCACAGAUCAUAAGCACCAUCUUGGCACAUCACGCUCCAUCACCCUAGUGCUGAAUAGUUGGGCGUUUAUAGCACCAUCUUCUGUGUGGGUAUCGAGAAGCAAAUCCCACUGUGUUCAUUAGAGCUUACUCCAUGCUGUGUUUAGGAUCGCGGACUUAGUCCGGUGUCAGUUUCUCCUUUUCAAACAACAGGACAUUGGGCUAUGAAAUGUGAAGCCACAUCACCCAGCACUGAGAACUACCAGCCCACAAAACACCAGGUCAGUGUUGCCAUCUCUGUCAAUCCAUGGUCUUGACAACUGAUGCCCUACUUUGUUUGGAGUAAAACAGAAGUUUGGAAGCGAAUUGGAGUAAUUCAUGUAGGAAGAUAAGGCUAUUGGUCGCUUGUAGUCAUUAUGGCUCUGCUCUGCUCCUGCAGUUGGAGGCAGCAAUGCUUCUGAACACCGUUUGCUGGAAACCAAGGGAGAGGAGAGCGCUCUUGUGUUCUGCCCCUGCUUUCGGGCUUGCCAAUGGGGCAUCUUGGUGGCCACUGUGAGAACAGGAUGCUGGACUAAAUGUGCUACUUGCCUAAUCUGACAGGGCUCAUCUUCCAUUCUUACAAUCUAGGCAGGAGAGAGUUCCACAAACAGGGAACUCUGAUCCAAGGCAUGGCCAGCGUCAACUCUGACGUUGCUAAAACCUAGAACAAUUUUGUUGUGGAGAGUCCUAACCUGGUGCUGUCCAGAGGCCAUGGACUCUAACUUGGCAUCCUACGGCAUCACUGGCAGGUCUAGUUGUACUCCAAAACAUCUGGAAAGCACAAGGAUAAGGAAGGCUGCCAUAAAGCACAAGCAUACGUUGUGUUCCAACAUCCCACCAUCGUAUAUUGUUUUCUGGUGCUGCCACUACCAGAUCAUACCGUCUUAACAUUGGUUUGGCAUUGGCAUUGAUUGCCUGUUAGCGAAACUGUCCUCAGAUAGCCAGCUGUGGAAUGACAAUAACCCAUAUACAUUGCCUUGGUCUACCUAACUCUUGCAUCAUCUAAUAUGUUCUCCAUGCAUGCCUUGCUACGCUUCCCAAGCCCUUUACAUUCGCAUACUCUAGCAUGCGAAUAUACUGCAACUCGAGGGUUUUGCAGGUGGCACCGCAUGAAGCAAUUCUCUCUCUCUCAAUGCCUUCUCUGGUUUCCGUUUGCAUUUAAAGGCAGACCUACCUGAGUCCUACUUGCCAAAAUGAGAUGUCAACCAAAGCACAACCAUCCAUCGAAAUUUGCACUUCUACAAAUUUUGCAACGUAGUUCUCCAACCAAGCAAUGUGUAUCAAGAUGUAUGUGAUAGGGUAAAGCAUGCAUAAAAUGUGCUUGAAAUGCAUAAAAUAGCAUAAGAAAAUUUUGGGGGAAAUCAUAUACAAAAAUGUGUUUGUUAGGAGAAAUUUGCACUAAAACCCUGGUGAAUUUUCAUGCAUACUUUGUUACUUUUUUUUUUUUUUAAAGGCAUGAUUGAGAGAUUUGCUCAUUCCCUAGUCCUAACCCACCCUCAUGCUUUAUCAGUGUCUCAUUGAUCCCGCUCCACCACCAAACCCCUCACCACACCGUCAGGCCACUCACCACUUCCCUGACCAGAAGGUGCCUCUCUGCAUUCCACAAUGAUGCAGGACAAGCGUGCUCUGAGAAGGUCGUCUGCUCCCAUCACAGCACUGCAGAGAUCUGGAGAAUGGGCAGCUCUCCUCUCCCACCAGCUACCCUUCACUUGCCUACUUCUGUCCACCCCAAUAACUCACCCUGGUCCCCACAUCACCUUUGCCUUCACAGUUAAGUUACAUGCCAACCCGUUUAAUGCCCAACCUGGCCAUCUGUCAUGGAUGCUUUCGUUGACAUUCCUGCAUCACGGGGGGGACUAGAGGAUGCUUUGCCUCCCUCCCAAUGUUUCAGUGCCAUGAUCAUGCGAGGGGAUUGUUUCUGCUGCCUUGCAAGCCAAAGAUGGCAUUUGCUUCUCUAAGACACCCCAGGCCCACAGUAUUUCUUCAGAGGCAGCCACCUCGGUUGCUUCCUUCUAAUGUCCCAUACCAGUUGCUGGAAACCACAGGAAGGAAGAGUGCUCUAGCACUCAGGUCCUACUUGAUGGUUUCCUGCAGGCAUCUGAUUGGUCACUGUGAGAACAGGAUCCAAGACCAGGUGGGCCAUUGGCCUGAGCCAGUAGACUCAUGGUCUCAUCCCUGGUAAUCCUACAGAACUGAAUGCCAUCUCCAGGUAAUAAGGGGGCACCAACCAUCCCAUUCCUGCCUCUUCCCUUCUGGCUUCUGCUCCAUUGCGCUGCUCCGUCCAACCACUGCAUGCUUGCCAAAGCUCCGUCCAACCACAAGCCAACAUUUUCCUCCCAUCAUCCCCACCCUGCAGCCCAGCUAGCACCCCUCACGUGGGCAGAGAAACUGUGACCAUUUUCAGCCCGCUGCUUUAGAAAGGCUAUGGCCGCCUCACUUGAUGGAAACUGACUUCCAUUCCUCCACCACCCUACUCCCUCCCUCGUGGUAUCUGCCGCCCGUGAGACCGGUUGGAGUCUCUCUGGUUGUCUAUUCGCCUGAGUGCAGGUGCCUUGUUGCAGCCCGUGGCUGCCGUGGGCUCUGGGUCUCUGUCCCUUCUGCAGCUGCUUCUGGGACGACACAAGGGAGACCCCUGCCCGCCCGCCCACCUGCACACAGCCUCAUCCCACGGAUGGAGGCUUGAAGACUGCAGAACGGAACUUGUCUGCAGGAAGUUCACUCCAGGACUGGGAAAGCUGGACGCCUUCUUGCUUCCUUCCUCAGGAAUGCCCUCUGACCCUGUCCCCUCCUGACUUCUGUCCCCUCCUCAUGAGGGCUGGAGAACCACAGGGCUCUUGCUUCCUGCUUCUUGUCUCGAAGGCCAGCUGAGCCUCCCCUUGGGCGGAGGCUACUCAGCUUCUCCCCCUCUAAGCAGCUGCAGCCGUAACUGUGUUUGCGAACACUGCGUGAUCCCCUCGAUGCACAGCCUGAGGCCUUGCGCCGUCGGCCACGGGGACACCACGGCUAAGUCCUGGUCAGGCAUAGCGCAAAGGAAAGUGAUACCCAACCGAAAUCCUGCAGCUGCCACAUUGUAACCUGAUGCUGAACCCCUCCUUGAUACUGGUUGCUGUCCACCUCAUUGUGAAGACAUUAGAAUCCGAUGUAGACCACCUAAGAAGGUCAGAAGGAGCCUUUUGGAUCAGGCCAAUGGCCCAUCUUAGUCCAGCAUCCUCUUCUCACGGGGCCCAGAAACUUCCCUGUGGGGGAGACCAGGAAGCAGCACCCAAGGGCAAGAGUGUUCUCCUCUUCCAUGGUACCCAGCAACCUUGGCUGCCUAGUCCAGAACGUGCUCUCAUAAGGUAGCAAAUAGGGAAACACAAUGGUGAGUUUCGAGCCACUGAACGCAAGGGCUGAAGGAGACUUUGAAUCAUCUCGUCCCUCCUUACGUUCUUGAAUUGAACUCCCGGCUCUCCCACUGACCCCAAACAACGUAGAGUCCAAAUGCUUGGCCAAUUUUACCUGCCAAAUCCUAUGGGGACACUUCAAAGGCCUCCCCUUUUCACAAGAUUAAUACCCCUGAAAUGCCGCCCAGAGAAUUGGCUGUCUCAGGCUGAAACCCCCUUUGCGCGUUUCCCAUGGAGUAAGCCCUACUGAAGUCAAUGGGACUUGAAUCCGAGUCAACAUGCAUAGCAGGUUAGAAUCAUGGUUUCAGACUUGGCGACGUGUCUUCACGGUUGUUUAGAGUGAACCCCUCAGUUCGUCACAUUCUCCUCAUUUUCACUCUUUCAUUUGCACAGUUGGGAAGGUUAAAGGCUCCAUCUCCCGCCUCUCAUGAUGGGACAUUGCUCAUCGUUUGACUCUGUGUUAAAUUGUUUGAAACGCAGCUCCUAAAGUAGGACCAUUGCAUCUAGCAAAUGGAAGCUCUCGUCAGCGGAGCUCUGUCUGGCUGUGAGCACAAAAAGUGUCUUGCGGGGGGAAAGGGGUGUUUCUCUGAACCAACCCCUUUUGAUCCGGCCAUAGUUAAAGGGUAAAACGCUACUUCCAAGUAUUUAAGCCAAAUGGGUAUAAAUAAGAACAUUGUUAUUAAAUUAUUAAGAGUUUUGUGGGCUGGAACUUCACUCGCCUGGGUGGGAAACAGCAUCCUUCUCCUGCCCUUGCCUCCAGCAGGGGCAAAAGAUCAGGGGCACAAGGCCCUCUCCUCCU